AUGUCAGCGACAGAUAAAGAAAACGAAGACGACGAACAUGUUCUAGGACCAAUUCAACAAGAUUGGGGAAAUCGAGAAUAUAUCGAGGUAGUCAGCAUUAGCAUUAAGAAAAUUACCGAUUUUCUGAACUCCUUUGACCUGUCUUGUCGCUCCAAACUGGCUGGAUUAAACGAAAAACUCACAAUUUUGGAGAGAAAAAUCGAUUAUUUAGAGGCCUGUGUUACCAAAGGUGAAACGCUUACAUGAAAAUAUCCCUCAACCUACACAUUUUCUUUCUAAUCCAACACCUGCUACCAAAUGGCACUGACAUCUUCCUUGACCACUUGCAAAAACAUUAUAUACAACUUCUCAAAAAGCUCGCUAUUUCACUGGGUAAACCUGCAGUUCAAUGUCGUGGAUGAGGAACGGCGAAAGAUUGUAGGCCCUGACCGUAGUUGUGCCGAGUGGAUAUUACGCAACGGAGGCAAAGUAAAAUGGGCUAAUACUACAGAAUUCGAGGCAGACUACAAUCAACUACCAAAAGAAGAAGUUUCCUUAAAACUGCAGGAAAUUGAUGCGACCGGAAGCACUAUAAUGACCAAUGGUUUUGAACAUCUCAAGGACUGCAAACACCUCAACAAAUUCAUUUUAGACGAGUGCUCCUAUCUAGAAAACCCUGCCCUAAAGGAGCUUCAUUACGUGCGGGAUAGUUUGCUGUUUUUACAAGUGUCUAGGUGUGGCAAUAUUACCGAAACAGGACUUUUACAUUUAGUCAGCUUGCAAAAGUUGAAAACUUUAAUCAUUUUCGGGCUACCCUACGUCAAGGAAAGGAUUAAGAUAUUGGACACUCUAAAGAACGACAUGAAACAAUGUGAAGUUACUUUUAAUGAGUAGGUUUUUAGAAUGUAGGUGGAAUUAGCGUAAAUACAAUAGUCAUCCUAUUCCAAUUUAAAAAAUAUAUAUUUACACAGUU